AUGGCGGAACCGGCCGGGAGCCCCCAGGCGGCCGAGUCCUCCUCCUCCUCCUCGUCGCUGGCCGCUCUGGACCCGGAGUUCCCCCCGCAGAGCCGCCCGCGCUCCUGCACUUGGCCGCUGCCCCGGCCCGAGCUGGUGGCCGUGGUCGAGCCGGAGCCCGGGGAGGCGGCGGCGGCCAGCCCCGAGGAGCCGGCGGGCGGCGGCGAGGCCCCCGGGGCGGCGGGGGGCGGCGGCGGCGGCGGCGGCGGGGGCGCGCGCAAGGGCGGCGGGGGCGGCGCGGGGUCCGGCGGGGCGCGGCGCAACGCCUGGGGCAGCCAGUCCUACGCCGACCUGAUCAGCCAGGCCAUCCAGAGCGCGCCCGACAAGCGGCUGACCCUGGCGCAGAUCUACGAGUGGAUGGUCCGCUCCGUGCCCUACUUCCGCGACAAGGGCGACAGCAACAGCUCCGCCGGCUGGAAGAACUCCAUCCGGCACAAUCUCUCCCUGCAUAACAAGUUCAUCAAAGUGCACAAUGAAGCGACCGGGAAGAGCUCUUGGUGGAUGCUCAAUCCCGAAGGCGGCAAAAGUGGGAAAGCCCCGCGGAGAAGAGCGGCCUCCAUGGACAACAGCAGCAAGCUGGCCAAACUCCGUGGGAAAACGCACAGGAAGAAGCCGGCCAUGACGGCUGCUCCAGAACCGACGUCCGACAGCCCCGUCUCCCAGUUUCCCAAAUGGCCGGGCAGCCCUUCCUCCAGGAGCAACGAGGACUCGGAGGUGUGGACCAGUAUCCGGCCUCGGACCAGUUCGAAUGCCAGCAGCGUGGGGCUUUCCUCGGUCCUGGCCGAGCAGGAGGACCUUGCUGACGAGGAGCUCCUCCCCACCCUCGUCUACUCCAGCGCGUCCAGCAACGUGCCUCCCACAGUGACGGAGGAGCUGGAGCUCCUCGAUGGCCUGAACCUGAUGUCGGCUAGUUCCUCAUCCUUGCUGGCCACUCAGCAGCCGGUGUCCAGCGGGGCGGCCCAGAGGAACCCCACCUUCCCCUUGCGAGCCCCCAGCUCUGCUGCUCAGGCCUCCGGCUCGUUUGGCAGCUCCCUUUUCAGCCCCAUGGAUCACCUGCUGCCCAGCUCCACCGGCCACUUCUCACAGUCGCUGGAGGAGCUCCUCACAUCCAACUCGCCACCAGCCAGCGAUGUGAUGAUGACCCAGGUGGACCCAAUUCUCCCGCAGAGCGGAAGCAGGAUGAACAGCCAGAGUUUCCUGCUUCUGGGGGACCAGCCCUCCAAGCCCAAGAUGAGCCUGGGAAGUCUGCUCAGAAAACCUUUGGAGCAGCAGCUGGAGUCCAUUGGUGCCACCGGGCUGCCCUCUGCCUUUACCAUGGCGGCCUCUUCUCAGAACCCCAUUGGCCUUUCUGCUUUGAAGACGUCGGGCUCGGCACAGUCUGCCCAGAUGGGCCAGAUGGGCACCCAGCCCUCUCUGUCUGCUACUUUCCCGGCCUUCGAUGGGAAUCAGGAUAAGCUACCCAAUGAUUUGGAUGUGGAUAUGUACAUGGAGGACCUUCAGUGUGAUGUGGAUUACAUCAUCAGCACCGACCUCAUGGAUGGAGAAGGACUGGAUUUCAACUUUGAGCCCAUUCCGUCUACUCCGAGUUACCCGAGCACGUCACAGGCUUCCAAUCACAGUUGGGUCCCCAGCUAACUUCC